UCAACUCUUUCCCCAUCUUCACCGACUUCACUUAUGUACUCUGUACGAUGAAGUCAACCGCUGGUUUCCUCUCGCUGUGGACCACCGCCACGGUGCUACUGCAAUAUAGCACAGCGGAGUCUGGUGAUCCCACCGUCGAAUCGGGCCCCAACACAAUCAACGCUAAAAAUGUCCCAACCGAAAAACCAUCGGAUACCCGUUCCAUAGGAGUCAACAUCCUACAAACAAUUUCGAAAUGCUCCGACCCGUUAAUGACCCAUGGCUGUCGCGAUUGUGAAAUGUCAUGCGCCAACCCCAACCCGUCGGCUUUAUGCGCUUAUCUUUGCGACAGGACCUGCAUCUGCAAACCGGGUCUAUACCGUACGUUCAUUCCGUCGCCGACAUGUGCGCCGCCCAAUGGACCCCUCCUCAACAACUGUAAAGUAGCAUCACGUAAAGUUAAAGGUUAAACUCCAGAUUUCCGCGACUAU